AGGUGUCAGUUCCCACAUAAUUUUUCUUGCGGCUCUCGGAGCUGCCACCCGCGCCUCGGCCUCGCUCCGUUGAGGGGAAAUAAAUCUGUGAUAAUAGUUGUAAACUCAGAGCUGUCUGUGGUCUAUGCAAGGACGGUGCUCAUCGGUUGUGCUACGGUUGUAAAAAUAAAUCUCUGCGAACUUCUAUUAUUAAGCCGGUUCUUUUUAUCACCAAAAAAAAUCUAUCACGCAGUUUUAAAACGCCUGAUCCCCAUCAAAAAUAUGUCCUCGUCUUCGGGUUUUCUCGGCGACCUGUCGCCCGAGCAAAAUGCGGCACUAACCGCAUUUGAGGAGCUUGUCUUGACGGACAGGACGUUGCUGUCUUCUUGCUGCGGGGGACACGGCUCUUCGGAGAAGACGAAGAGUGGCGAAAGAGGAGCAAAUAAUAAGCCGAUUCUGUGGCAUAUCCACCGCAAACCAAACCUGUAUGGAAUCUGCUGGGUCUGGCUGAAAAAGGAAAAGGUUGUAAUUGACAGCCUCUCCUGCAAUCAUUCGUUACGUACUUCAUCUAUUCGGCCAUUUGCAAACAAGCCAAGCAUGAUGCGUUUUGCUCCGAUUUCCUAUUUCGGUUCGCUGCAACAGGCUGCAAAUCCAUCGUACUCAUCAUGAAGAAAGUCGCAAGCUGGACGAAAUUUUAAUUUAGUAUUCGCCGCUUUGUGUUGCGCAAGCACAGCAGACUCAGUGAAGGACCACAUGCCGAGUUCUUUAGAAUGUUCCAUAUAACAAUGCGAUUUGAGCGAAAAGUCCGAUUCCCGUGACAUCAUUUUCCUGAAGUUCCUGCGGGCAGAGGAGUUUCAGGUGGAGAAAUCCUUUCAGCGAUUCAAGGACACGAUGCAGUGGCGUGUGGAAAACGAUGUGGACGGUCUAGCGGAAGCGCAUCUCCCGGAACAGUUUCUAUGCAUUGCAAAAGAAAAAUCGUACUUACUAGUUCUAGUAAAUUUUCUUCGAUUUCCUCCGCAUGCUCCUGAAAAAUGAAAUUUGUUUAAUCUGCGGAUUUACCUCAAAAAUAAGAUAGAGAUUUGCAAAUGCAAUGCAGGACUGUAUAUUAGUUUUAGCAUGAGCACGAUACUAGUUUAUUUGCAAUGCAUAGUUUCUAAACCACGAUAUUUUCUAUGGAUUUGACAUCACCGGGGCGAGCACCGUGGGAGGCGAAAGUGCCGCUGCUCCCGCUGGCACGACUGGUGGAGCCAGUAUUCGUACGCAAGAACACAAAUUCAUUUUCACCGCACACGACGGCGCACCACAAAAGGAAAAAUAAAAAUCAAAAUGCAUCGAGCUGGCUAGGGGCCAAGAACGCUCGCGAUGAAUAAAUGCGACGUUAUGAAGGAAAACAAAAAGCACGCAAGUUGCGUGCGGUGAAAAAAACACAUUUUUUGUUUUUGUCCUCUAUAAUGCGGCACGACGAGGCGAAGCCGCGGCCGAUUUUGAGCUCACACUUCGGAAACAUGGAUUUGCAGAAAGUGUUCGGAAACACCGACCUGUUUGUUAAGUACCGGGUGGCCAUAAUGGAGCGAGCGAUCAUAUGGAUGCGUCAGGAUUGAAAUCGACAAAGUUGAAAUAACUUGUAAUGCAUAAAAUGGAUGAAACUUGUAACCCAGUUUCUAAGUGGCGCAUGACAAAUUUGGGUAGAGCCGAAAUCCAGUUUAUAUAUCAUGCUGCUUGGGUAAAGAAGACGCCUGCUGUCGUGCAACUUAGGGAGCAGCUCAGUUUCUAUACCUCAACAGGCUUGCUUGCCUCGAUUCUAUGCCUCUGCCUCACUUGCCUACUCUGCAAGACAGGCACUUUGUGGGGUGCAUUUUAUAUAUGCAUGACAAACUAUUUCAACUCUGGCCACGAUUUCAAUCCUGACUCUCCCAUAGGUCAAGCGGCUGUUGCCGUUCCAGCGGGGCAAGGCGGAAACGUUGUUUCAAAUUCACGACUACAAGGACUGUCCUGUUAUAUCCUGUGCAAAAGUUUUUGUACCAUCGUACUCCUAGUCGUUGUACAACUGAUGGCAAAUAUUAUGCUGGGUCGUGACUUCUACGCUAGCCAGCUUAUCACGCAUGUUGACCGAAGUUGUGAUGCGAUUUCUACUACAACUAGUACGGUACUUUUGCAAUGCAUCCGUUAUUUUCAAAGACAGAUCCGUGGACCAGGGUGUGAAGGCGAUUUCGAAAAUCCUGGGGGACCACUACCCGGAGUUCAAAGGGAAGACGUGCUUCGUUAACUUCCCCGACAUUGUGGCCCUAGCCUGGAAGGCGGCGGCGUUGCUGCUCGUCCCCGAGAAAACUGCAAAGAAGCUGGCGUUUUUGGGCAAGGGAGACUUGCUCCCGCUGCUGGACGACGUGCCGGCGCAUGUACUCUCCAGUAAACUCGGCGGGCUGGUGGAAAUGAAGAACGUGGGAGUUUCACCCGAUGGGGCGGAAGGUACUUGUUCAUGAAUAUUGGAGAUAAAGAAGAUACAACCUCCUAUUUUUGCCAUUUUUAUUUUUCCGUCGCUUUCAGUUUCAUCGGAUGCCAUGUGUUGAUGCUGACUCCCGAUGAAAACUUGAUAACGCUUCAUGUCACGAGUUGGAUAUAACGCAUGCGACAGCUAGGCACUGACCGCAUUUGCAUCACAAAGAGAAAUGCUCGCUAUUCUUCAUCACCUUUGAGCGAAAUUUGAGGGAUUCUGAAUAAACAACUCUUGAUGUUACGACAGCAACCCCUUCGACCUUGUUCGAUCUGUCCAAGACUCCACGUCCCGUCUCCGGCACCAUCGAGCUGAGCGCGCGGAGCGGCAGACUGACCAUCCCACUACGGCGGGGGCAAACCUUGUAUCUCCGACUGCGGGCCGCUUUCGACAAGGAUUCCGUCCGCAUUUCCGGGUUUUCCUGGUCGAGGUGCGACCGAGCCGGUGAAAUAACGCAGGAAGAUGCCGUUUAUGACCUGCACAGGCGUUGCAAUAUCUUCUCAAGCGUCACACUACAAAUGAAAAUUUGUAGUGAUGCAAAAAGUGCAUUAUCUAGUUCUAGCGUAGCUCACUGUUAGUUACUGCCACAGGAUUGCGCAUGACAAGUUUCGGAGCUCCAAACCGCAUGAGAUGACUUUGCAUUUUUGCAGAGAGCGGAGCCCUCAUGAUCUGUGGGUUUCUGAUGCUGCUCGUGCAAAACAAAAUCCGGACGUUAUAUAUUGUAACGCUUGAGCUCCUUGUAACACCUGUCGAGGUCAUACCGCCCCGCAGAGUUUUUUCGAAACCGCUAUGAAUUGCAAAAGUAUCGUACUCGUAGUAAUUGCAAACAUGCAUUACAAAUUUUGAACUUAAGCUAAAUCCGCAUUACAACUUUUUUUUCUCAUGCUGAGGAAAUUUGUCAUGCAUUUAUACGAGUACGAUACUUUUGCAGUUCAUAACCGCGCUGCAACAUCAAGAUGCCGGGUCGCUCUCCGAGCUUUCUCUCGUCGAUAUCACAAGAAAAACUGUUAAUAAACGUUAACAGUUUUCAUAGAUUGCAGUCAUGCAUCACAAAUGUAGCCCAAUAUGCCUGCUAUGCAUGACAAAUUUUGGCGCGUUUAAUUAGUGAUGCAUUGCUGUAUCACAAAUUCCGUCAACGUUAACACUUCUUCCUGUGAUAGUCGACCCAGUCACCUUGCUCGACGGGCGAAAAAUAUUUUUGACCGGAGAAAACUAUCCCAGGUGCAAAAGACAAGUAUCGUCCGAUUACAGCAGCUUGUACAAAUCGCAGUCAUGCGACAUCAUGAAAGUCUGAAAGGUAAGUACGUUUCUUGACCUGAAUCUGCCGCACGAGUCAACAUUCUGAAGAACUUUGUCACGCGAGAAUUUGAAUUUGUACUACUGCUAGUAGAGAAGUACGAUUCUUUUGCCCGUCUGCAUAACUAGCUCGACGGUUCGCCGAGAAGGAGCGACAGUGUCAGCCUCUUUUUUUCUGACCUGAGUACGUUCGGGUUGAGCAGGAAAGUCAUCGUUUACGCGUACCAGCUUUUUGACGACUUGAAUUUCUCCUCCUGA